UAGCCUGGCAGGCAGCACACACACGGCACGCAGCAGACAGUCAGUCACACUAUACCCACUUCGUCUUCACUCCGUCUUCACUCCGUACAGUUGAAAGAGGAGUGGAUUCUGGAGCGUGAAAAUGUCUGCAGUGAUGUGGGGACUUGUCUGAAUUUUGAUCCGUCUGUCUUAGGAGAGAAUGGUCUCGUUACACACCUCUCAGCAAGAUCUCUGGUAUACAACGCCAUCUACCAUUUUCUCUCUCUCUCUCUCUCUCUCUCUGUGAUUGGAUAGACAGCCUGAUGGUGAAACUCAACAUGCCAGUGAUGUCAACGACAGACUGCAGACUGUAACCAUGGGCAACGUGGAGAGCCAGAACGGCGACCAUGCCUUCUACGGCACCCAACAUGGCUACCUGUCCCGCAAACACAUGUCUCGUUCCCUCCGCAUCUCCAAGCACCAGUCCAGCUCCGGUUCCACCCGCUGCACCCACGACCGUCACGCCACUCAGGGCAAAGUAGAACACCGUAACUCUGAGACCUCCACGCGUUCCAGCAGCACCCCUAGUAUCCCACAGUCCUUAGCGGAUCACGCACUGGAGCCCUUCAACCAGACCAAUGUCCUGUCAGACUUCUCCCCUAUUUGGGUGGACCGUAUGGCCAUGAACCUCCGGCCCGUCUCCUUCCAUACCCACCUAGACAACCCGUCUGUAGGGCCCCACCUAGACAACCCGUCUGUAGGGCCCCACCUAGACAACCCGUCUGUAGGGCCCCACCUAGACAACCCGUCUGUAGGGCCCCAGUUAGACCCAGCAACACCAGGGACUAGACCCCAGUGCCCCCAGGACAGAGGUCUAGGCCUGUACAAUAACACUGGGGAGGGGACCUACCUCCAGAAGACCAGAGACGGACCCCGGGAACCCCGGGAACCCCGGGAGGGAGUCAGCUUUAAGAAGAAGAGGUCCAAAUCAGCCGACAUGUGGAGAGAACACAGUCUGGAGUUCAGUCUGUCAGACCUCAGCCAGGAACACCUCACCAGCACAGAGGAGAUCAUCGACACCGAGGAGGCAGACGACAGGGACUUCCCUGAUUGUGAAGGCCUGCUGGGGCUCGUGUCCCCAGAGGGUCUGGAGGGUGUGGACGCUGCUGGCAGGGCCAACUCCCUGGAUCAGCUGUAUGGCGGUCAGAAGACCCCAACUCGCCGGCCCGUGGCACGCUAUGCUAAGUGGCACCAUGAUGCUAACCGCGAAGCCCGGGAGGGAGAGGACGAUAAGAUGCUGUCUCCGUCGGAGGAGGAUGGGAACUCGUACGGAGCGUACACUCUGCCCUGUCGACGCUCACACUGCCUGUCUGAGGGCCUGACCAAUCACCAGGCUGCUUCCUGUAACACCAUGCAGGGCCGCAGAGCACAGACCAUACAGGAUGUGACAGCCGGAGAUGGCAGUGAGUACGAGGACAGUGGCAUCGACGGGGUGACGGCUUCGGGGGCGGAGCAUCAAUCCCGGCGCUAUAAGACCAUGUCUAUGUCCUUCUCCGUGUGCUCGGCGGCGGGGCGGAGCCUGUUCGCUGGCAGUGACAGCGGAAGCAGCAGUGGGGGAGGAGCCAGUGAGGGGGUCCAGGGGGUCUACGAGAACUUCAGACAGGAGUUGGAGAUGAGCUCGUGUCAGACAGAGAGUCUGGAGGAGGCGGGGUCAGCCCUGAGUGACGAACAGAGCGUCAUGAGCUCAGCCUACCAAUCAGAUCCCCUGCUCAGCGUUGCCCAGGGAACCGUGAGGAAGGCGGGCCGUCUGGCUGUCAAGAACUUCCUGGUUCACAAGAAGAACAAGAAGGUGGAGUCGGCCACCAGGAGGAAGUGGAAGAGCUACUGGGUCUGCCUCAAAGGAUGCACUCUGUUCUUCUACGAGACAGACGGGCGGUCGGGGAUCGACCACAACAGUGCUCCUAAACAUGCGGUGUGGGCUGAGAACAGUAUUGUCCAGGCCGUACCUGAACACCCCAAGAAGGACUUUGUCUUCUGCCUCAGCAACUCUCUAGGAGAUGCUUUUCUCUUCCAGUCCUGCAGCCAGACGGAGCUGGAGAACUGGAUCACGGCCAUCCACUCGGCGUGCGCGGCGGCCGUUGCCAGGCAGCAUCACCGGGAGGACACGGUGCGUCUGUUGAGGGCGGAGAUUAAGAAGCUGGAGCAGAAGAUCGACAUGGACGAGAAGAUGAAGAAGAUGGGAGACAUGCAGCUCAGUGCCGUGACCGAUACCAAGAAGAGGAAGACCAUACUGGACCAGAUCUUUCUGUGGGAGCAGAACUUGGAACAGUUCCACAUGAGUCUGUUCCGGUUCCGGUGUUACCUGGCCAGUCUGCAGGGAGGGGAGCUGCCCAACCCCAAACGCCUGCUAGCCGUAGCCUCCAGACCCACCAAACUGGCCAUGGGACGCCUCGGAAUCUUCUCUGUAUCGUCCUUUCAUGCGCUGGUGGCAGCUCGUACAGAGAGCGGGGUGAGGAGACGUACCCAGGCCAUGUCUCGUUCCUCGUCGUCCAAACGUAAGAGCAGGUUCUCCUCUCUGUGGGGCCUGGACACUACUUCCAAGAAGAAGACUCACCCCACCAUCAACCAGGUGUUUGCUGAUGGGGAGGAGCCAGUGAAAAAGCCUCUGGACGGGAUCUAUGAUGUGGACACUGCCAGGGAGAGAGGGAAGAGUCAUGAGGGGACAGUGAAGAGUCUUCCUCAGGUCAACUCAGACAGUCACAUGACAGACAGUGAUAUCUGGGUGCCUGACCACCUGACCCCGUCCUGGGUGUGUCUUCCUAACGACCAGCCUGUCCUCGCCACCAUCCAGCCUGGAGAGUCUGCUCUGGACGUUCUGGAGACCAUCUGCAAGGCCCACCGGCUGGAUCCUGCCAAACAUUACCUCCGUCUCAAGUUCCUCAUCGAAAACCAAGUCCAGUUCUACAUCCCUAAACCGGAGGAGGACGUGUGUGACUUGCUUUAUAAAGAGAUAGAGCUGGGCUCCAAAAUAACCAAAGUCAUCCAGUUCGACAGGGAUGAGUCCUGUAUGAUUGGCUACGGGUUUUCCAUCUCAGUGGUGGAGGAGGAUUCAGUGCAGCAGCUCUACAUUACCGAUGUGAAGGCGGGAGGAUUAGCCUUCGCUAAAGGUCUGAAUGCGGGCGAUGAGAUAUUGCAGCUGAAUGGGAAAGACUCGUGCAGAUUGAAGUUCGGGGACAUGAAGGGGGCGUUUUCCCAGGCCUCUCUGUCCCUGACCGUCAACACUCUGCCCUCCACGGACCGACGACAAAUCUGUUACCUGCCCCCCCGACGCUCUGACGCACAGGAAGUCCUCCACACAGACAUCUUCUCUAUGAACCAGGAGGAGAUUCUGGACGACGGGGUUGGUCUGACGCUGGAGAGUUCUGGAGACAGCCUGGACGACGACUCUGAGAGCUUCAGCGAGGCAGACCAAUGCAGAAAGAGUACGGAGCAGGUUGCAGCAUUCUGCCGCAGUCUCCAUGACAUGAAUCCGUCUGAGUGUGCGACAAGUUCCUCCUCCCCCAGCCUGGAGUCGCCCGUCCCUCCGCCCGCCACCGGCACCCGUCAGCUCUCUGACGCCGACAAGCUACGCAAAGUCAUCUGUGAGCUGGUGGAGACCGAACGCACCUAUGUUAAAGAUCUUCAUUGUCUCAUCGGGAGGUAUUUAACCCCACUGCAGAAGGAGACCUGCCUCACUCAGGAUGAGCUGGACAUUCUGAUUGGGAACCUGCCUGAGAUGGUGGAGUUCCAGGUGGAAUUCCUGAAGACUCUAGAAGACGGGACCAGAUUGGUCCCAGACCUGGAGAAACUGGAGAGAGUGGACCAGUUCAAGAAAAUCCUCUUCUCUCUAGGAGGUUCCUUCCUGUACUAUGCAGACCGGUUUAAGAUCUACAGUGCGUUCUGCGCCAGCCACACCAAAGUCCCCAAGGUGCUCGUGAAAGCUAAGACCGAUGCAGACUUCAAGGCGUUUCUGGAAGAGAGGAACCCGAAACAGCAACACUCCUCAACCCUGGAGUCCUACCUGAUCAAACCCAUCCAGAGAGUUCUGAAGUACCCACUACUACUGAGAGAGCUGUACUCACUGACGGACCCGGACAGUGAGGAACACUAUCACCUGAAUGUUGCUAUGAAGGCCAUGAACAAGGUGGCCAGUCACAUCAAUGAGAUGCAGAAGAUCCACGAGGAGUUUGGGGUGGUGUUUGACCAGCUCAUAGCGGAGCAGAGUGGAGACAAGAAACAGGUUGCUGAUCUGUCGAUGGGGGACUUGCUGCUCCACACCAGCGUAGCCUGGAUCAACCCUCCCUCCUCCCUGGGCAAAUGGAAGAAAGAACCCCAACUGGCUGCAUUCAUCUUCAAAACAGCUGUGGUGUUUGUGUGCAAGGAUGGCUCCAAGCAGAAGAAGAAAAUGGGUGGCUCCCAUCGAGCGUCGUCAGUCUCGUCUGAAGACAAGGACCCAUUCCGCUUCCGUCACAUGAUCUCCACAGACACGCUCCAAGUCCGAGCUCUUAAUAACCAAGAAGGAGAGGCCUCUGCCGUAUGUGAGAUCGUCCACGUCAAGUCCGAGUCAGAAGGACGGCCGGAGAGGAUAUUCCACCUGUGCUGCAGUUCUGUGGACAGUAAGAAGGACUUCCUGAAGACAGUCCACUCCAUCCUGAGAGAUAAACAACGGCGCCAGCUGAUGAAGACAGAGUCUCUACCCCCCAACCAGCAGUAUGUCCCCUUCGGAGGCAAACGCCUCUGUGCCCUGAAAGGAGCCAGACCUGCCAUGAACAGAGCAGUGUCAGACCCGGCGCGGACCCUGGGCCGGAGGAAACUGGUGAGGAACCGUUUCACUAUCGACACAGACAUCGUCUUCGACGGCGAGCCGGACCAGGAGUCCCCUCUGUCUCCACUGUCCCCUGAAGAGCCUGAGGGACAGGGACAAAAGGAAGGACAGGGACGGGGGGAGGUGCAGGCAGGAGAUACGGACCGCUGGGUGGAGGAGCAGUUUGACCUGGAGCGCUACGAGGAGGAGCAGGAGGCGCAGGUGAAAGGAGGAGGAGACGUUAAAGAGACAGACAUCCUUAGUGACGAUGACGAUUUCUGCCAGUCUGUCGGAGGACCCUCCACUGAACCUCUAUCCACCGCAGACCUAGAAGGGCCCGUAGGGGCCCUGUCCAUGGGAGAAGAAUGUAAAGAGGUGGGCCCUAAACACCUCCAGCCCCAGGGAGGCACGGGGACCACUACCCCUGGGAUGAGGCUCUCCCACCCGGGGAAGCAGUGUGCUCUGGUUGGGGUGAGCGUGGAUGACCAGGGGUCUAGGGGGGAGGCUGAGGACAUCUGGGUACGCAGGGAGGACUGUCCCUCGGACUCAUCAGAGCUAGACUAGAAGAGGAGAGAGAACUCUACAGACAGUGUGCCUCAGACAGAGAGCUUUACACUUCUUUUAACCAGGUCCUAUAGGGUAACCCAUAGGCCCCUGGUAAAAAUAUUUAAAAAAGUAGUGCACUAUAUAGGGAAUAGGGUACAUUUUGGGACACAGUUCAUGGGCUUCAAGACAAGAGACGAUCCAGUGAACUCAAGUCAAUCAAUCCCCAUCCAACCAUAAUGCAUGUGUAUAGACAUGUAUGGUACGUCUACUGUGAGAGUUCUCCUCCUUGCCAAUGUGGUUCAAUUGUGUUGUUGUUUUCUUGUAGUGUACAGAUAGACUGGUGAACUUCGAACUGAAGCCCUCCAAUGGGAGCAAUACUGGAAUACAAGGAGAGGAGAGCGGUCUUAUCCAAUCAACCAAUGAUAUAGAGACAUGGAGGGCUCUUCCAAUCCUGGUGACGUAGAGGCCAGGCUGUAAGAGAUUGACACUGACUGUCUAAUGGUACAAUCAUGGACCCUGAUCAAUACUGUCGAUUGGUUUGCACAUAGGGGUAGAUUCCUGGGGUUACUAUAGGUUCCUGCUUAUUGUUGCCACGUGGGUAUUUGUUGUGAACACACAAAGCCUUGACAGAGAGACUUUGUAUCAUAGUAAAGAGUUGUAUAUUAUUUAAAUAUCAACAUAAUACUCGAUGCUAGAGGACAGCCUCGUCAAGUCUUUAAAGUCGCCUGUUUUCACAGUAUUUUAUCUACUCAAUUUACUUCCGUUGUUGUGUAUAUAAUUUUGACUUCCUGUUUUGCAAAUCAAAACCAGGCUCUCAUUUUUAUUUUUUAUUUUUUUGUGUGUGUUAUUAAAACAUAAUUUUUUUCGUUCUGUGAUGACAUUAGAAUAACAGAUGUUCGUUUUAUUGACCUCAUCUUCACUCUUCACUGAAGUUAAGGGAUUUCAAUUGUCUUUUUAAAAAAAAAAUUAUUAAAAAAAUCCUGUUUUACUUGAAUUGUCAUAUUAUUAUUUAUUUUUUUUUUACUUUCCGGUCAUUUUAUUGGUCUUCGUGACACCCGUUCUGAUUACUACACCCUGUCACCUAUUAUUAUUACCGAUACUGUUAGUGCACGUUCUUUGUUGUGGACAACUUGCAACAUACAUUCCAUUACAUUCAAGUAUUUUACUGUUAAGAAUUUUUUUUUUUAAUCUUGUUGUUUCACCAGUCAAUAAUGCAUUUUCAAAAACAUGUUUUUUUUUUUAAUCUUGUUGUUUCACCAGUCAAUAAUGCAUUUUCAAAAACAUGUUUUUUUUUUUUUAAAUUGGUGUUGAUGAUAUUUUUUUGCCGCCACAAAAAAAUAAAAAUAAAAUGACCUUCUCAAAUAUAAAUAUAAAACUUGCUGGAUGCAAUCAAGAUGGUGAAGAUGUCUAAACUAGUGUAAAAUGUUGAAAAGAAAUAUAAUAUUACGAAUAAUACUUGUGAAACUACCCAGUGUGCUACUAAGACUACAUUUGUAUUACUCUGUAUGUAAAUAUUGCAAUGUGUUGAUAUCAUAUCAAAUAAAUUGGUUUCCUACUUAUCAUUUA